UAAUUGUAAGUUCUCUCAUCCCAAUUGAAACAAUAAUGGCAAUUCGUGCGAUGCUCGCAGUUUCUCGAAACCGUUCGCUCGCUACUGCUGUACUCUCCCGCUACCGAUUUAUCAGCACAUUGGUUUUAGCUGAACACGAAGGAGGUUCUAUUAAGGCUUCAUCAUUGAGUGCAGUAGAGGCUACAAAGUCUUUGGGUGAGGACAAUUCUGUAUCUAUACUGCUUGCAGGAUCAGGUCCUUCCUUACGAGAAGCUGCUCAAGCUGCUUCAUGUCAUCCAUAUGUUUCUCAGGUGCUUCUUGCUGACUCAGAUAAGUUUACGUAUCCUCUAGCAGAACCAUGGGCCAAACUGUUACAUGUGGUGCACAAGAAAGGGAACUACUCACACAUAGUUACUGCAUCAGAUUCGUUUGGGAAAAAUAUACUACCUCGUGCAGCUGCUCUUCUGGAUGUUUCUCCAAUCACUGAUGUCAUUGAAGUUAGUGGGUCUCAUCUUUUUGUCAGGCCAAUAUACGCUGGUAAUGCUCUUAGUACCAUUCAGUACACGGGCUCAGACCCUUGUAUGUUGACCAUUAGGUCUACAUCUUUUCCUGUAGCAUCCAUGUCGGCUCAUUCAAAAUCUAUUGCUGCAGCUAUUGAGCAGGUUGAUCUCUCAACCUUCAGUGAAGAUGAUGCAGUUGGUAAAUCAAAAUUCGUGAAGCUUUCCUCUCAAGAUACAGAACGCCCAGAUCUGGGAAAUGCACGUAUUGUGGUCACUGGAGGACGAGGUCUAAAAAGUGCUGAAAAUUUCAAAAUGAUAGAGAAGCUUGCCGAGAAACUUGGUGCAGCAGUUGGUGCAACUCGUGCUGCCGUUGACGCGGGAUUUGUUCCUAACGAACUUCAGGUUGGCCAGACUGGGAAAAUUGUGGCCCCUGAAUUGUAUAUGGCUUUUGGUGUUUCUGGAGCCAUUCAACACUUGGCGGGUAUUAGAGACUCUAAGGUCAUCGUUGCCAUAAAUAAAGAUGCAGAUGCACCUAUUUUUCAGGUUGCUGAUUAUGGAAUUGUGGGUGAUCUUUUCGAGGUCAUACCGGAAUUGUUAGAGAAACUUCCUGAGAAAAAGUAGACCGGUUAUCCAUUUUGAACUCACAAAAUAUGGAAAACAACUGACAGAUUUUCAACGUUCAAGGAUUAGAUGAAUAAUUCAGCAGCGAAUCAUACUUUCAGAGCUCUGUUCCUCUUUUUGCUGUAUAUUGUUGUACUGUGAAUUUGCUGAUCUCAAAAUAUGUCAAAUGGGCCAUUGGUUUCCCAACUUCACUUGAAGUUCUUCUUGUCCUUAACAAGUGCACAAAGGAGCCUUGUUAAUGUUGGAUGUCGAAUGGUGGAUAAAAUUGGAGAAUCAAUAUCAGGUGUAGGUUUCGAAUUUGUGGCUGUUUCAUGGUACUGCUGUUUUCUCCAAGUUUAAAGAGAAUAAUGAUAUAGAGAUAAUUGGGAGCGUUAAA